UUUAUGCAUAGAUCUAGUUGAAAGUGCUUAUUAUUUUCUCAUUUUCGGUCCAGAUCAGGAAAUUCCGGAUUCGAGGCACGAUUGAUGCCCCUUUUCAACGGAUGCAAGCGACCGCGCCGCAUGCGGCGUUGCAUUGGAAGAGUUGUGAUGGGUACCGGUAGACUGCAAGUGCUGAUGAAACCUGGAUAAGCCACUGUCACUCUGCUUUGAAGUUGAAAGGUUUCAGAGACAAUCCACCCACAGCCUCUACUAGCUACUACAUAGGUAGUAGGCAGCAAUUAAAAAGAGAGAAAGAAGCAUUAUCCCUGAGAUACCCUCUGCUUUGUCUUCAGUGUUGGCCAAGAUGUUUCUGCUUGUUCAAGUUAUCUUUUUGUGUGCAAUUACUACCAGUAGUAUCAAUGUGGUGACUGCUCAAUUUGAUAACUCGAAUGGAGCCAUUGACGACGCCAUUCGGAAUUGGGAGUGCGACUAUACGUAUCAGGGAUCUGGUUGCAGCCAAGAAUUCCAAAUUGACGGAAGAUGUUUUGCCUACAGUGAUUGUCCCGAUUGCUGGGAUUGCGACCCUUGCCGGAAUUUUGAUCUCGAUUGCAACGGUUGUGUCAAUGCUGCGGAAGGAGAAGGAUGUUAUUGGUGUCCUGGAGACGCCGUUUGCCGAUCUGUGCCGUUGGGUCCAGAAUUCUGGAAUCUCCAUGUGGGUCACGAAAUCUCCUCCUGUCCCACGGCACAAGACUGGCAACAAACCUGUGACGCAGCACUUGACAGCGACAAUGCGUUUUCCGAUCCACUAUACGAUGCCAUGAAAUGGAGUUACGAAAUGAUCAACGUGGAACCCCUCUGGCAACAAGGAAUCACGGGAGCAGGAGUCCACGUUCGAAUCAACGAUGUUGGCUUUGAUUAUCAACAUCCAGAAUUUGCCAACAAUUUUGAUCCUGCCAAUUCCUGUGCCAGUUACAAUUCGGAUCCAACGGGAAUUCACGGCACGGGUGUCGCCAGUAUCUUGGCGGCAGGAGGUGACAAUGAUGAAUGUGCUGUGGGGAUAGCACCAGAUGUGGCGCUCAGUAUGUGUGCCUUUCGACAAGAUAUCAUUGAACCAGAGCUCGUAGAAUUGAUGAUGACUCAAUUGGAAGAGGUCGACAUCAGCAACAAUAGUUGGGGACCCACUGCCUGUUUCAAUCUCAACGACGUUAGAAGAAAGCGUCACCUGCAAGAAACCGACAAUACUCAAGAGUGCAUUUUUGAUGACACACAUCCCGCUUCCCCCUGUUCUUUCUGCACGUCCCUCACUGAUGCAAGUCAACCGGACGUUUCCAUCGCCUGCACUCAAGCCAUUGAGGAGUAUUGUACCGAUCAAUAUGAAAAUGAUCCAGUGGCUUGUUCCGAGUGGCUAGAUAUUUACGUAUCCUGUGAAUACCACGCACUCAGUGAGCAAGCUCAUCAGGCGUUUGUACAGGGCGUUAUUGAAGGAAGGCAAGGAAAGGGAAUCAUUUACGUUUUUGCAGCUGGAAAUGCUCACAACGAAGGAUCCUUCACCAAUGCAGAUGGUUUUGUCAACACGCGAUUCACUAUUGGGGUGGGAUCGGUAGACAAGUCAGAAAAGCAUGCAUCCUAUUCGACCCCUGGGGCAGCACUGUUUGUAGUAGCGCCAGGAGGUGACCACGAGUAUAUCACAAACAACAUCAUCGCCAAACCGGGAGGAGGCUGCAUGGAAAUCAUUGGAGGCACCAGCUUUAGUGCACCCGUGGUUUCAGGUGUUAUCGCACUGAUACUGCAAGUCACACCAAGUCUUGGCUGGCGUGAUGUACAAGCUAUUCUAGCGGAAACUUCAAGACAAGUUGACCCUGAGGAACCAUCAUGGACCACAAAUGGAGCAGGGUUGCAUCAUUCCUACAAAUAUGGCUUUGGUAUUGUGGAUGCACUUGCUGCGGUGGAAGCUUCAAAGAACUGGACCAAUAUUGGGCCAGAAAGACAGCUCAUCCUUCUGUCGGGUCCUUUGGAUAUCAUGAUUGAGGAUGAUGCUUCCAGAACAACUAUCAACACACAAACAGUAUCCGUGCCUGAAAACUUCACCGUGGAAUCAGUGGUGGUGUACAUGUCUCUUCAGCAUGCAUCAAGAGGAGACUUGGAGAUAACACUCACUAGCCCCUCUGGCACCGAAUCCAUUUUGCAACCUGGCAUGCGCCCCGAAAACCAACAGCUCGCCGUGAAUGAAACAUGGAAACUGAUGACGGUCCGAAAUUGGGGUGAGCGAGCCAGCGGAGACUGGACCCUUGCAAUCGUGGACGAGAGUCCUGGAGAUCGGGGUGACUGUGCCAACAUGCCUUAUGAGUACCUCUGGGAACACCCUGUAUACAAAACCAUUGAAGUUUACACGUGUCUAACAGCAGAAGACAGACGCCACUGUGCUGCUGGUGUAGUGUACAACGACAAUGUAAACACAUUGUUUAUUGACCGAGGUCGUGAGAACCUGACAGCUGCCGAAGCUUGCUGUGCUUGUGGUGGUGGCGUGGCUGUAUCCGACGUCAAUGUUCUGCGUUCGUGGACGCUAGCAAUCUAUGGACAUGAAAGCAUUGAAAGUGACUCUGAGGAAGCCAUGGACGGAGACUUUGUCAGUGUUGGAGAAAUCACAUCCGCUGGCAUCGAAAUGGAAGCCACCCAAGCACCGACCAUGGACGAAACUUUUGGCGACAGUGACCAGGAUCAACCAGGUGUUGGAGAUGCUAGCAACCUCACAGCAGCUUCCAAGGGCGCAUCACUUCCCAACAACGACAAUCCUCUAGACUCUGACUCUUCCAAGGAGGGAACUGAAGGGUUGACAAAACCUAGCACUUCUUCUGAAUCAGAAUCUUCAGUACGAGAGGAAGGUGGAGACUUGGUUGCUGGAGUGUCUGGUACUAGUGCACCUGGAUUGUAUCUAUGUAAUAUCUUGGCGGUUUGCUUGGGCUUGGGUCUGACCUUGCUGAGUUGCUAAUUUACAUUAUUCAUAAUACGCGUUGCUUAUCAAUAAUUGCUCCGUGGAGGGUGCUGCUUCACUGCUGUACCGGUACCGGUACGGAGAGUGACUGCGAAGAAGUGAUUAGUACAUCUAGUCAAGCAUGGUAUCUCGCCAUCACGAGGCUUCGUACAGCCUAUAAUCGCAUCACAUCCCAACCGAGCUAAUGUAUGUAUGAUCAUCAGGUACUGUGCAUAUAGCUACCUACUACUAGCAGCCAAAACCAUUCGCACAGGACAACAAAUAAUAUGUUGGGGCAUCCUGACGACGCGGAUGUUGGAGGCUUCAGAGCGUCCUUCUUUCUCUGAGAGAGACAAUAAGGUGCCUUGUCUUAUUAGGCUCAAUGCUUGUCUUGCUCUCUGGAAUAGCAUCUUCAAGCGCAUUGCCUUUGAGCUACAUAACAUCCUUGAUACGUGUUGCUAUGUAGAUACUAGCUAGCUAUUAGCCCGUAUCGGUAGCUGGCAUCGUAGCCAGCCACUGAGGUGAACUUGUGGAUUGAAUUCACUCCCGAAUCCCGAACUUCUCUCUUGCUGACGUCGUAGGGACACAUCGCUUCUUGUCGAGGAGGGGGAGCCUAUUUGGAUCUUCUUUUGGUCCUACUCAGUGUGCCGUGGCGACUGCUUACGUUUUCCUGACACAAGAAUUCGAUAUCUCGAGCCAGUGCACGAUAACGCCACGAUUGGUUCGCGGGUGCUGACGAGGGAUGAUGCAUGCACAUUUUUUUCUCACGGUGGGCAAAAAGUAAAGAAAGGAAGAAAGAGCUCAAAAAAUCAAUCAGUCAUUGCCGAAACCUCCAGACUUUCUUUUUUAUCAGACAGCAAUCUCUUACCAUGAA